UUGUUGAACGAGCUGAGCGUUGUGGAGGCAGAGCUGCUGCUGAAGUCGUCCAGCCUGGCAGGAAGCUACACAACAGGACUGUGUGUCUGCAUUGUCGCUGUUCUGCGGCGUUACCAUGCCUGCCUCAUCCUCAACUCAGAGCAAACUGCACAAGUCUUUGAAGGGUUGUGUGGGGUGGUAAAGCACGUCGUUAAUCCCUCAGAGUGUUCCUCCCCAGAAAGGUGUAUUUUAGCUUACCUCUAUGAUCUGUAUGUGUCCUGUAGUCACCUGAGAAGCAAGUUUGGAGACCUCUUCAGUAGUGCCUGUUCUAAGGUGAAGCAAACGAUAUACAGCAAUGUUCAGCCUUCAAAUUCCAAUUUACUGUGGGACCCAGAGUUCAUGCUAGAUUUUAUCGAGAAUCCUUCUGCUCACAGCAUUAACUACUCAAUGCUGGGCAAGAUCCUGAGCGAUAAUGCAGCCAACCGCUACAGCUUUGUCUGCAAUGCGCUAAUGAAUGUGUGCAUGGGGCACCAAGAUGCAGGAAGGAUUAAUGACAUAGCAAACCUUUGCGCAGAGCUGACGGCAUGCUGCACGGUGCUUAGCUCAGAGUGGUUAGGGGUCGUAAAAGCUCUUUGCUGCUCUUCAAAUCAUGUCUGGGGUUUCAAUGAUCUGCUCUGCAGUGUGGAUGUGAGUGACCUGUCGUUCCACGAUUCCCUGGCCACUUUCAUUGCUAUAUUGAUAGCCCGGCAGUGCUUUUCUCUGGAAGAUGUAGUUCAGCAUGUUGCACUGCCUUCUCUUCUUGCAGCUGCCUGUGGAGAUCCAGAUGCCGAGCCUGGGGCAAGGAUGACCUGUCGGCUACUCCUGCACCUCUUCAGGACACCCCAGGUCUGCCUCUUUCCCCAGGGAACUGGGAAAUUAUUUCCUGGAAUUCGUUCUUCUUGCGAUCGUCACCUCUUGGCUGCUGCUCACAACAGUAUAGAAGUGGGAGCUGUGUUUGCAGUCUUAAAAGCAAUUUUGAUGCUUGGUGAUGCUGAAAUUGGCAGCAACAAUGUCAACUCCCUGAAGAGUGAAGACUUCCAUAUGAGAGGCUUAUUAGAUGAACUCAAUGAGGAUGAAAUCUGGGGUUCCUCUCACACUUUGAAAUCAUGCGGAAAAGCUGUUUCCAUAGAAACUGCUAGUUUAAGCGAGUAUGCUAGAUAUGUGCUAAGAACAAUUUGCCAGCAGGAGUGGGUUGGAGAGCACUGUUUAAAAGAACCUGAGAGGCUGUGCACAGACAAAGAUCUUAUUUUGGAUCCUGUUCUUUCAAACAAGCAAGCACAGAAACUUCUUCAACUUAUCUGUUAUCCUCAUGGUAUUAGAGAAUGCACCGAGGGUGACAACCCUCAGAGGCAGCACAUCAAACGCAUACUUCAGAACUUAGAUCAGUGGACUCUCCGGCAGUCUUGGUUGGAGCUGCAACUAAUGAUCAAACAGUGCACGAAGGAGCCUGGUUCUGGGUCUGUGGCUGAAAUGAACAGCUUGUUGGAUAAUAUUGCAAAGGCGACAAUAGAGGUGUUUCAGCAAUCCGCUGAUCUAAACAAUAACUCUUCUAACUCUGGUAUAGGCCUCUUCAAUCCAAACUCUGUUGGAAAUGCUGACACAAGUAAUACAAGACAGAAUGGUAAAAAGACAUUCCUAAGUUCCUCUGAGCGGCGAGGAGUGUGGCUGGUGGCUCCCUUGAUUGCAAAACUGCCUACCUCAGUUCAAGGUAGGGUCUUGAAAGCUGCGGGAGAGGAGCUGGAGAAAGGUCAGCAUUUGGGGUCAUCUUCUAAGAAGGAAAGAGAUAGACAGAAACAAAAAAGCAUGUCUCUUUUGAGUCAGCAACCUUUCCUUUCAUUGGUACUUACUUGCCUUAAGGGACAGGAUGAGCAGCGGGAAGGGCUUCUAACAUCACUGCAGAAUCAAGUUAAUCAGAUCCUUAGUAACUGGAGGGAAGAACGGUACCAGGAUGAUGUUAAAGCUAGGCAAAUGAUGCAUGAAGCCCUACAACUUCGUCUUAACUUGGUAGGUGGCAUGUUUGAUACUGUGCAGAGGAGUACCCAGUGGACCACAGACUGGGCACUUCUGCUCCUCCAGAUAAUCACUUCAGGAACUGUUGAUAUGCAGACCAACAACGAAUUGUUCACGACCGUGCUCGAUAUGCUGGGUGUCCUCAUCAAUGGGACGCUUGCCUCAGACUUGUCAAAUGCUUCCCAAGGAGGGCCUGAGGAAAACAAGAGGGCUUACAUGAAUUUAGUGAAAAAGUUAAAAAAAGAGCUGGGAGACAAGCGGUCAGAAAGCAUUGACAAGGUUCGCCAGCUACUCCCUUUGCCAAAGCAGACAUGUGAUAUUAUUACUUGUGAGCCAAUGGGAUCCUUGAUCGACACCAAGGGGAACAAAAUUGCAGGAUUUGACUCCAUUGAUAAGAAACAGGGUCUUCAGGUUUCAACAAAACAAAAGGUGUCCCCUUGGGAUUUAUUUGAAGGUCACAAAAAUCCUGCUCCUCUCUCCUGGGCAUGGUUUGGUACAGUUCGUGUCGACAGGAAAGUGAUAAAGUAUGAGGAGCAGCAGCAUCUCCUCCUGUACCACACGCACACCAAACCCAAGCCACGGAGUUACUACCUCGAGCCCUUGCCCCUUCCUCCAGAGGAGGAGGAGGAAGAGCCCACCACACCUGUCUCUCAGGAACCAGAAAGAAAGUCAGGAGAGCUCUCAGAUCAGGGAAAACUUGCCACGGAUGAUGAGAAGAAGACAAAGGGCAGAAAGCGAAAGUCAAAGUCAAGCUCAAGGGCUGAUGAAUAUCCACAAAACAACUUAUAUAGAGUGCCUCCCACUUAUUCACCAAUUUCCUCUCAAAUGAUGCACCAUCCUCAGUCUGCCUUGUGGGGUUACAACAUCAUGGGACAGCCGCAGCAGCCUGGCUUCUUUGUGCAGAACCAGCCCCUCCCACCAGGUGGUUCCAGGCUGGAUCCGACAGGCUCCUUUGUUCCAACUAAUACGAAGCAAGCCCUGUCGAACAUGCUGCAGCGGCGCUCUGGCACCAUGAUGCAGCCCCCCUCUAUCCAUGCAAUCACACCUCAGCAGCAAUUGCUCCAGAUGAAACUCCUGCAGCAAGAGCAGCAGCAGCAGCGACUCCUCAGGCAGCAAGCACAGUCACGGUCUCUCCAACAGGAUGUCUGUAGCACUGCUGUAUCCCUUCAGGAUGGCUUUGACAACAUAAUGGGUCAGCCAAUCGACCAAGCUGCUAUUUUCACUCCACAAGUUCGACCCCCGUCUCAGCUUCCACAGUACCCAGGGUUGCAGCAAGCACAGAGCAUGCCUCAUGGAUACACGAUGUACAGCACUCAGAUGCCUCUGCAGCAGCAGCAGCCUGGUGGUGUAGUGCUUUCCCCCAGCUACAACCCCCGAGCAUACACAGCAGCUCAUUCCAGCCCCACGCUGAUGGAGAGGCUGCGGCAGAUGCAACAGCAGCCCAGCGGAUAUAUUCAACAGCAGGCCACUGCGUACAUCCAGCCUUUGACAGGCACUCAGCGAUUGAGCCAUCAGCCUUUGCAGCCAAAUUCACUGGUUGGAGGGGGACUGGACAGUGCAUCGACCGCAGGUCCUCAUCCGACCCUGAACUCAGUACAGCUGCCUCCAGAGCCAAUGAGACAGAGACAGCAGCAGAUGCGACAGCAGAGACUCUUCCAGCAGCAGCAGCAGGGGCAGCAGCAGGCGCUUGGUCUCCAGCCCGUGCAACCGCAGCAGCCUUUGUUUCCAAGGCAAGGCUUACAACAGACACAGCAGCAACAACAGACAGCGGCACUGGUCAGGCAGCUCCAGAAGCAGCUCUCUAGUAACCAGCCACAACAAGGAGUGAACCAGUACGGGCAUCCUUCACACUUCUAAAUCAGAGAUGGAAGGGAGACGUCAUGUUACGUUUGCACUGAAGAACAGAACAUUCAAAAUUCAAUGCACUAGUUAUUGCUAGAAAGCAAACUUUAGUUUUCUUCUCUUAUUAUUUCAAUAAUUAUUUUUCGUGCUGCAGUUGAUGUGAAUAUGUAACAAGGUGGGUUUUUUGGGUUCGGGGAUUUUUUUGCAUUUAACUAGAUUUAAAUGUAUGGACUUGUGGGCCUAUUUGAAGAAUGUUAUUGCAGAUUUUAUGAAUUUGGUGCUUUUUAGGUCCUGUUACUUUUAAAGAGGACAAAGAAUGCUGGAUUUAUUUAUUUGUGGGAAACACUGUGUGUGUGUGUGUGUUUUUUGUUGAUUUUUUUUUUUUUAA